CUCAUGUAGCUGAUGGCGCCAGUGACUCUAAGCAUUGUUUGCCAGCCGCCAAAGAAAACCUCAGAAGAAGAAGAAGAAAGAUGGCGGCAGACGGAGUGAGCAGCCGGCAGAGCUGAGUUGUAGGUCUUUAUUUUCUGAGAGCACAGCGGCUCCUUCACUGUUUGACCCUGCUCGGUGAAACAAAGAGCUCUAAUGGCGCUGCUUUACAGCCUGUUAUGGCGGUUCCUGCUGGUUCUGGUCCGUGUCAAGAGAGCGGUUGUUUCCUGGCUCCAAGUCCGAAUUCGAAGCUGGAGAGGCCGCCUGUGGGAGGGAACGAUCACCGCCCUGCUUCUGCCGGUGGCCGUGUCCGAGUUCCCGGGCUACCAGAGGAAGGCGAGUCCGAAUGUUAAUGUGGACCCAGACCGAGGGAACCGAGCUGCGGGCAGCCGGGCUCGGUGGCUGUCAGACGGCCAGGCUCUGGAGAAGCUGCCGGCCCACGUCGGCUUCAUGGUGGCGGAGGAGGAGCUGAGCUUCACGGAUGUAUCUAAGCUGGUGGUGUGGUGCCUGGCWGUGGGAGUGUCCUGGGUCAGCGUCUACGAUAAUCACGGUGUUUUUCAGAAGAACUCGGCCCGUCUGCAGGAGGAAAUCCUGAGGCAGUACCACAGUCUGCUGGGUGUGGAUGAAUCCAGAUGUGAUGUGGAGCUGUUGAACAACAGCCGAGACGAACACCAGCAGUUCGUUGUGUCGUGCAGGUCCACGGUGAAGGUGUUGUCUCCUGAAGAUGGAAAACACAGCAUCGUGCAGGCAGCCAGGAAGCUCUGUCACUCUGUGGAGAACAAGGAGAGGAGCUCCAAGGACAUCAGUGUGUCCAUGUUGGACGUCCUCCUCAGAG